AUGUCGGCCGUUGUCGGUGGCCUGCGCCGGGCUGUUUCUCGCGUCGUCCCCUCUGUGCAAGCGAGCUCGGCGUUGCCAACUCUACUCCUCGCCCCUGGCGAGCUGGCGCCCGGGAUCCAGGCCUCCGAGUUUGCGGCGCGGCGCGCCAGCCUGGCCGCGCGCAUGCCCCUGGGGUCCUGCGCCCUCGUCCCCGCCACCGCCGUGGCUUACAUGACGGGCGUGAUCCCCUACCCCUACCGCCAGGAUGCCGACUUCCUGUACCUCACGGGCAUCACCCAGCCCGGGGCGGUGGCCCUGAUCACAGCGGGGCAGGGGGACAUGGUGCUCUUUGUCACCGACCCCGACGAGACGCGGGAGCGCUGGGAUGGCGCGCGCUGCUCAGCCGCCGCCGCCACCGACGUGUUUGGCGCCGUGGCCGCGUACCCCAUGUCGGAGCUGCCACGCCAGCUGCCGCGCAUGCUGGGCUCCUCGUCGGCCGUGUACUACGACGCCGGCCGCCACGCCUCCAGCGAGCUCCGCGCCCUCUCCACCGCGGAACUGGGCGUGCGGGAGGGCGCGCUGCGCGCGCUGCGCACGCUGGCGCACGCCGCGCGCUGGCGCAAGUCGCCCGGCGAGCUGGCGCUGAUGGCGCGGUCCUCGGCCCUGGCCGAGGCGGGGCUGCUCCGCGCCAUGCGCCAGUCGGGCGCCCCGGGGGUCGGCGAGCACCACCUGGCUGCGGGCUUCGAGCGCGACUGUCGCUGGGGCGGCGCGGCGCGCAUGGCCUACCCGCCCGUGGUGGCCUCCGGCGCCGACGCCUGCACCAUCCACUACUCGCGCAACGACAAGGCCCUGGCCCCGGGCAGCGCGCUGCUCUUCGACGGCGGCUGCGAGCUGCACGGCUACUGCUCUGACGUCACGCGCACGUGGCCCGUGGGCGGUCGCUUCUCGCCCGCGCAGCGCGACGUGUACCAGGUCGUGCAUGGCGUGCAGCAGCAGCUGCUUGAAUGGUGCCGGCCCGGGGCUACGCUGCGCCAGCUGCAUGAGCAGAGCGUGCGGCUGCUGGCCGAGGGCGUGUCGGACCUGGGCCUGCUCCCCGGGCGCUCCGCCGGCGUCAUCGCGCAGGGCGCCAUUCGCGCUUUCUACCCGCACAGCGUGGGCCACUGGCUGGGCCUGGACACGCACGACGUGCCGGGUGUGGCACAUGACACCCCCCUCCAGCCAGGGGUCACGCUGACUGUGGAGCCGGGGCUGUACAUCUCGGACCAGGAGCGGUACGGCGCGCUGGCCGGCAUCGGCGUGCGCAUCGAGGACGUGGUCCAGAUCAACGACUCGCCGGGAUGCUCAGUGCUGUCGCGCAGUGUGCCCACCGAUGCGGACAGCAUCGAGGAGUUCAUAGCGCGGGGCCGAGGGGAGGGCGAGCCGGAGCUACCCUGA